AUGUUGGAGGAGCUGAUCAAUGAACUACUUUUCUUUCCUCAUUUCUCCUCACUUAGAAUGCAGUUUUCCAUCACUUUUUUGACGGCUUUUCUUACCUAUGGUUUAUUAUACGUUAAUGCAGACUUGGAGCCGCGCUCCACGUUGGAGACUCAAAACGAUCUCAAGGCUGGUGCAGUUGCUUUAGAGAAGCGCGGUCCGGAGUUCUGGGGGGAAGACAAGAUUGAAAAGAGACUAGAAAGAUUUCGUCAUGUGGACGUCUCGCGACGGGAAGCUGAAAACCAAGCGAUUCCCGCACGUCGAAGUUUACCAGAGCCGAAAGGGUUUGAAAAGAGAACCCGAUCGAGAAGCUCUCGAUUAGACACACGCGACCCAUUGUUCGCCAAGGGAGCUGGUGCAAAGUUCAAAGCUAAAUUUGCAAACAUUAUCGCUGCUGUCAAAGCAGCCAAAGCUGAUGCUGCGGCUCCCGCCCGUCGAGAUUUACCGGAGCAAAAAGUUAAGUUUGUUUUACCAGAAUUUGAAAAGAGAACAAAGCUAUCUAGAUCUCGAUCAAGGCCUUCUAGAUUAGAGACACGCGACCCAUUGUUCGCCAAGGGAGCUGGUGCAAAGUUCAAAGCUAAAUUUGCAAACAUUAUCGCAGCUGUCAAAGCAGCCAAAGCAGCCAAGGCUUCUGCUGCGGCUCCCGUGCGUCGAGAUUCAUCGGAGCAAAAAGACUUUGAAAAGAGAACAAACCUAGUUGGAUCUCAUCUUUCGAACCCUUCUCAUUUGGAAAGACGCAAAGGAAAAUUAGGCAAGGAAGCCAAGGAAGCCAAGGCCAAGGCUAAAGCGAAAGCUAAAGCUAACGCUAAAGUUGCAAAAGUUGCUGCAAACGCAACACUUGCCGCUGCACCUUCGGCUAAUGCUGCCCCAAGUGCGGCCGCGAUAGCAGGUCUUACCGGAACUGCAGCAAUUGAUGCAGCAGCGAACGUUGCAAACAACCAAACCAGUCCCGCUGAGCUUGCGGUAGAAGGAGUACAGAGAAUGUGA